UAUUCCCUUAUAUAUAUAUAUUUAUACAUACCUACAACCCCUUAACUUAUAAUCCCAUAACUCCUCAUCAAAGCUCCUUACAAACAUAGAAGAAGAAGAAGAAGAAGAAGAAGAAGAAGAAGAAGAUGAUCCCCACAAGCACAGAGCCACCAAAAGAGAACCUACAAAUCAAUCAAGACACCAAAUUCUUCAACAAGCUCCUUUCCAAAGAGACCUCCAUGGCCAACCCUUCCUUUAGAGUGUACUAUGGUGUUGCCACUGGUGCAGUGCCCUUCUUGUGGGAGUCUCAACCAGGCACCCCAAAAAACUCCAUCCACACUCCUUCACUCCCUCCUCUCACUCCUCCUCCCUCUUAUCAUUCCAAACUCCAAACCAAGAAGUCAAACCACUCCAAGAAACACUCCUCCAAAUACAACACUCUCAUUAGUUCCAUUCUCCCAAGACUCUCUUUGAGAAAGUCCCAUGCAUCAUCUUCACCAUCACCUUCACUGUCAUCCUCCUCUUUGUCCUUCUCUUCUUCUUCUUUAUCUCCUUCUCGGUCUCACCGUAGUCGGAGUUCUUCUCUAGACAAUGACGAUGACUCUGUCGAUGGCUCACCGGCGGUGACCGGCAGGCUCCGGGGAUGUUACUCUAUGGUCCUAAUGAAGAAUGCCUUGCUGUCUAUUGUGGGAUAUGGAUCAAGCCAAAGCAUUAGUACUGCUUAGAGGUUACUCUACUCUUGCUGGUGCUAGUUCAUCUUCUCUACCAAAUAAUGUGGUUUAAUUAGUGUUUGUUUAAUUUCUUUGAAGUUAUAUGUCUCAUGAUAUUAAUUGUAAGUAGUUAGUUAUCAAUGUAGCAGAUCAACUUGGUCAAUGUUUGAUAACUAAUUUGAUGGGGUUUGGCUAAUGAUCUCAAUUUAAUAUGAAAUGUAAUGCAAAUAUAUAUGUUUGUAUAUGUACCUUUGGGUUUGAUGGAUAUUAUUAUAGUGUGAGGUUGGUGUGGCUUGUGUAUAUUUAUAUCAGCAAAG